AUGUUGAAAAACUCAAACAACGCCAAGCACGUCGUUUUGAGAAAACAACAAGUCAUAAUCACAUUUUUAUCAAGCAAUUAUAGUAUACUCGAGUUUAAUCCCCAAUUAGCCGGACAGGAUAUAACUCCUGCUAAUUUGGAAUUCGGCACUAUUGUGACACGACGUCGUGAUCGCCGAGAGAAGUCCUUCAGUGGUGCGUCAAUGUUUCAUGUUUCAGGUAAUCAAUCAUCAUCAAAUGCCUUUCAUCGAUCGUCAUUUACAGCCGUAAAUGAUGAAUUAAUUCCAUUGACAAAUCAAUCAUCAACACUUGAUCCCUAUCAGUCAAGUAUCGAAUAUCGACUACAAGAAUUGACGAAACGAUUAACAGUAUUGGAAACAAAAUUAACUGAAGAUGUAUCUUCGGUAUUGACAAUUCUUCAGCGUCAAUUUCCAUCAGCAGAACCAUUGAACGCUAGUGCUUGA